GACAACACUAAUUUAUCGGUCCCGGUCUUUGUUGGCAGUGCCGCGUCAAGCUAAAUUUCAUUCUUUAAAUUAAGUAUUUAACAAUAUAUACGAUUUGAUUGGAUUGCAAAGCCAGUAAAGCGUAUUUAUCCUGGAAUUGCCGAGCUAGAAUUGAUCCGACUUCUAGUUUUGGCAAGUUCCUGUUUGAGCAAUCACUGUUGAACCGAGCCGAUGACUAGGUAAAAGCCAAGCCGCGAAGCACAUUUUAGCAAAGCCGUGAAAAGAUUGUCAACUGAAGCGAAAUAACUAUACAUAAGAUAUGUGGACGACAAGGAAGGAGGUGGACGAGCAGGUUCACAAAAUACUUGGCAAAUUGCCGCCCGGACACUUGCGCGAUGUCAAGGGCAUGGCGGUGGCCCGCAUGUACUAUAAGAUACAGGAAUACCCGAAAGCCAUUGAAUACCUCAACAGCUAUCUGAAGGUGAAGGACGAGGCCAAUGCCCACAAGUUGAUUGCCGCCUGCUAUACGAUGCGCAAGCAACCCGAUCCCAAGCUGGCCCUGGAGCACUACCAGCGCUGCAUCCAGCUGAAUCCCAAGCAACCCGAUGUGAUCGACGACGCCUGCCAAUUGCUGCUGGACGACAGCAACGGCCUCUUCAGCGUCGAGUGUGCCAAGUUCUGGCUGGACAUGGCCGGAGGCAUUCAAUUGAAUGAGACCGAGCUGAUGUUCCAGAUGCGCAUGAAGCUGAAAGUCCAAGAGACCACCAAUGGUGGCGGAGGGGGCAGCGAUGGGGAGCUGCGCGACAUCACAGCAGCCAACUCGGAGAUAAACGCCCUCGAGGAGAUCAUGCACAGGGAGCUGCAGGCACGGCCACAGGACGUGCAGGUGCGGGUGCGUCUCAUCCGCUGCUAUCUGGAGAAGAAGAAACUGGAGGAGGCCUUCAACUACGCCUUCAGGGUGGAGCUGGACGAGAAGAGUGUCACCAGUCAGUGCGCCGAUUGGUAUGAAAUCCUUUGGACGACACUCACCAAGCUGGAGCAGGGCAAGGACGUACCAAAGAAGUUGGGCCCGCGCUUCUGGCAGCUGGCGCUCCACACCCUCGACCGCCUCACGCAGCUUAGCCUGGAGUCGGGCAAGAGUAUGCUCGACUGCAGCAGCCACUUGUUCCGGCUCGACCAGUACUUGCACAAGUUCAACAUGGAGAAAUCCGCGUCGGCCGAUCAGCUGCAGUCGGAGCUGCACCAGUCCUGCAUCGAUCACUACUCGGGUCAGCUGCUGCUGCAUGCGGUGGCGCUCGUCUUCAAGCGAGAGAUUGUGAGCAACCACAACAAGUGGGUGAAGUGCGUGAAGAGCGUGCUGCCCAUGCUGCUGCUGGGCUACCAGUCGAAGCCGCUGCCGGAGAACUUCUCCCAGCCCUGGAUGAAGCACUGCGACGGCGAUCAGAAGAAGCUACUGCAACAGUGGCGCCUCCAGGGUGCCUUCCGUUGCGCCCAAUUGGGCAGGACUCUGAACGGCUGCCUCCGGCCCGCGAAGCCCCAUGACAUGGACCAAAAGGAGAACGUCCAGACGGUGCAGAACAAUGUCAACCAGCCAAUGCUUGGCUUGUUUGAGGACUCCGAUAAGCUGCUGGCCUGCGCCCGCCUCCAGUGGCAGGACAAGAACUGGCGUCGCCAGCUCUUCCCGGUGCUCUUCUCCCACCCCGAGCACAAGCUGAAGGAGAACUCGUCGCAUCUCGUGCGCAAUCCCAAGCUGGAUGAACCCCUGUACGAGUGGCCAGCGGAGGCGGACAUCGAGUCCUAUGAGCGGCAGGCCCAGCUGCUGCAGCCCCAGUCGCUGGCGCAACAUGUGUACCUGGCCCUGGGGGCCAGCGAGACUCUUGGCAGUGCUCCACGCGUGGCCUUCUACGAGGGUAUGCGCCGGGAUGUCCAGCAAGACUUGAGCUUCUGCGGCCAGGACUCGCUCUCGCAGCUGGACAUUGAUGUGUUCCUCUACGCCACGGUCAUCCAGACACACAGCCGCUUGGCCAGCCAGCGCGAGAGCUACGACAGCUGCAAUCUGGGUAAUAUCAGUGCGUCGGCGCGGCCCCACAUGCUGCCCUACGCCAAUGUGCUCAGCCAGUUGGCCACGCCCGAGCAGAGCAGCUGGUGGGAUAUCGUUCUGCGCUCGCACAAGAAUCAAGUGUCCGACUGCAGUCGGGGCGAGCAGCGUGCCCAGAUCCAGUUGGGCCUGGAGGCGGUACGCGGCGUGAAUGGCACCAAGGCGGAUACCAUCAUACUCCUCAAGCUGGGGGCCAUUCUGUGCUCGCGCCAGGAUCGAGACGCGCUCGAGCGUCGCAUCGACACCCUCUACAAGCAGAGCUUCAGCAUGUUGCGCCGCGAACAGCAGCAUGGCGGAGUCGGCCAAGAGCACUAUCCGCGAUUCUUCAAGCUCGCCUCGGCCAACUCAACGGAGGCUUUUCAGGAACGGCAGCGCCUGGCCGAAGAGGCUGUCUCGUACUUCAGCUCGAAGAUGUUCAAGGCGCAUCAGUAUCAGCAGUUUAUCGACGAGGUGCGCGGCCUGAAUCUGCCGAUGGCCACCUACCUGCAGGCCGAGGCGUAUCGCAUACUGGAGCAUUCCAGCCAAAUCAACAGGGACGCCAAAGCGCGCUACUGGGAGCGCCGGAGGGACUGCCUGCAGCAGACACAGCAGCUGCUCCGCAGCCAUAUAAAGCACCCGCUCGAAGGGAUCAUCCGCAGCGAGGUGGGACGCUGCGAGGAGGAUCGCUGCGGUUCGAACUACGAUGUCUAUGCCUCGCCGGAUACCCACAACAAUUCGUCGAGCUACGAGGAUGCUGAGGAUCCGGAUUUCUAUUCGGGUGCUUCGCUCACUCUCAACCGUUCCCGGCGACAUCUGGAGCAGCCGCCUGCUGCUUCUUCCCCGAGGUACACACCAGCUCGGGGCACGCCAUCCACUGCGGCCACAGCGGCCACACCGCUGGCCUCCAAUGCGAAAUUAAGUCAGCUGGAGGAGACUGUCAAUCAGAUGAGCAAGUCCCUGUGCCAGUUUAAGGACGAUGUGAGCACCGGCAUCGACGAUAUGCGUCAGGAGAUCAAGAACCUAACCGAAAAGUUCACCGGCAUCGAGGAUAUGAUCAAGAAAAUGAAGAUUACACACAGGGAAACGCCCACCCGAGAUGUGGACACGGCCACGGCCCUCGGUCUGGACGAUCUCUUCAUCAUUGAGGAGCUCGACGCACAGCAGCAGCAGCAGCAGAGCCAGGCAGCGGCGGCAGCGGCAGUGCAGCAGCAGCAACAGCAGCAGGUCUUGGCUUCAAAUUAUGGGGCACCCAAUCCGGGUGGAUUUUUCAAUGGCCUUCCGGCCAUACCCUCACCACAGGAUCGAUUCCUGCAGGGCGCCUAUGGCAGUCCAAUGUUCAACCAGAAUCAGCUCUACAAUUAUUAUGCGGCCCAGGCGCAGCAUUAUAUGCGCACGCCCCCGGCCCCUGGAACGUUGCCGCCUCUGAGUAUUUUUGGACCACAAAAUCCAAACUUUGCUGGAAUACCAGGAAUUUUCCCACCGGCACCCGCCGUGUCCACGCCCAGAUCCUACCUGGAACAGUCCGGAAACUUUGGACAAACGCCUCCCAGUCUGAUUCCACCACACGCCCCAGUUCCAGUUCCAGUCCCAGCAGCAGCACCGCAGCAGCUACCAGCCCCGGCCAUAGCUCCACAUCUACCGGUGGAGCCUCCCAAGCCAGUUGGAGGUGGAGUACUUGCGCCUCCUGGCGCUGGAUUCUUCAACUCAUCCGCGCCCGUAUUUAUGCCGUCGCCCAUUCAGGUGCCGCAGGCAAAGCCGCCAUUGGGUGUGCCUUCAGUGGUGGCUCCUCCAGUGGCUGCAGCUCCACUGGCAGCCCCUGUCGUCGCACCACAGUCGUCAUGCGCUGUGGCCGCACCGGCCAUUCCAUCCUUGUUCAAUCGCGCUCUGAACAACCAGCCCGUGGAGAAGGAGCCACCGGCUAAUGUGGUCAUCACCAGCUCCGAUCCGCUGCCCAAACCGCCCACAGUCGCUGGGGUUCAGCCCACACUCAGCGUGACGAUUCCUGCACAGCAUAUCAAGCCCAGUCUGGUGCAGAACGCGGAACAGCAGCCACAGCAGCAGCAACAGCCACAGCAGCAGCAGCCACAGACAGCAGCAACGGUCAGUGCGCUGCCAGCGACUGUCCCAACAGCUGCCGUGACAGCAACUAGCAGCGGAGUGUUCAACUUCAGCUUUGGCACCAGCAACGCGGAGAGUCCGUUCUCCUUCAAGACGCAGGUGGCCAAGGCCGCUGCCGAGAAGCAAAAGGAGCAGGAGGCCGAACAGGCCCAGGCCCUGCUCCUCAAUGAGAGUGCCAAGAGUGCGGCGAGUGAGCCAAACAAGAGUGCGGGCGCCACAGAUGCCUCACUGGAGCUGGACUACGAUCCGCGUCCGGACUUCCAGCCCAUCAUACCGCUGCCCGAUGAGAUUGAAGUGCGCACCGGCGAGGAGGACGAGGAGGUCAAGUUCUGCUUCCGUGCGAAGCUCUUCCGCCUGGUGAAUCACGAGUGGCGGGAGCGUGGCAUUGGUACCAUUAAGAUACUCAAGAACCAGGCCACCGGCGUCUCGCGCAUCCUCAUGAGACGCGAGCAGACGCACAAGGUCUGUGCCAAUCACAAAAUCAAUAGUGAGAUGUCCCUGGCCACACCCCAAGGCGACACGGAGAAAAAGUCAUUCAUUUGGGCGGCCAAUGACUAUGCCGAUGAGGAGCUGGUCGCCGAGACGUUCCUCGUGCGAUUCCGGUCCCCCGAGACGGCCACAGAGUUCCACGAUGCGUACGCUGUGGCACGUCUGGAGGAUGCCAAGCUAGCCGCAGCUACCCCAGCUGCAGUACCCGAGGUGCCCAAGGCAGCUGCAGCUUCAGUUCCAGCACCAGCAUCAGCACCAGCACCAGCUCCUGCUCCUGUCAAAGAUGUGUCCAAGAGCUUUGUGACCAGCACACCAGCCGCCACCAAUUCAUCGUUCGGCAAACCCUUUGAGCCGUCCAAGAUGAAGCUCUCGGAAUCGCUGGCGGCUCUGGCUGCUCCAGCCACCGUCAAUCCAACCUCCUCGACGGCAGUGGCCAAAUCUUUGUUUGGCGGACAGCAGCCUGCUGCUUCCACUUCCACGCCCACGGCAGCCGCCGCGCCUCCGACAGUGCCGCCGUUUGCCAGCUUUAGCUUUGGCCAGCAGGGAUCGGGGCCAACGUCCUCGCCAUUCGGCAAUUUGUCCUUUAACAACCUGUCCUUUGGCGGCGUCUCGGCUGUCAACAAUAAUGCGAGCGGCAACAACAGCACCUUGUUCACCACGGCCCUGAUCCAGGAGAGCACCCUGCAGGGCCAGCAGCAGCAGCAGCCCGAAGCCGAAGCCGAGGCCGAGGCCGUGGAUGAGUACGAGCCGACGGCACAGUUUGCCCCAGUCAUACCCCUGCCCGAGCUGGUGAAGGAGAUCACUGGCGAGGAGGACGAGGAUGUGCUGUUCGAGCAUCGGGCCAAGUUGUUGCGGUACUUCGAGGGCGAGUGGAAGGAGCGCGGCCUGGGGCCCAUGAAGCUGCUGCGCAACAGGAAGGAUCCCAGCCAGGUGCGCCUCGUGAUGCGACGCGAGAAGGUGCACAAGACGUGCUGCAACCAGCGGCUGCUGCCCGAGACCACAUUCAAGUAUCUCAUCAACUCGACCACGGCACUAACCUGGGCAGCACAGGACUUUGCCGAUCAGGAGCUGGAAGAGGCGACGCUGUGCGUGCGAUUCAAGAAGCCGGAGACAUGCAAGGAGUUCCUUGAUGCGGUGCUAAAGGCACAAAAGGAAAUUGCAGAGUUGGAAUCAUCCACCACCAGCACCACCACCAGUGCCAAGAAGGAGGUGGAGCAGGUGGCUGUCGCAGCAGCAGCAGCAGCCGCACCCAGCAAAGGCUUUGGCGAUGCCUUCAAGCCCAAGGCUGGCAGCUGGAGCUGCGAGGCCUGCUACACGAGCAAUGGCCAGGAUCAGCUCUACUGUCUGUCCUGCGAGGGUCCCAAGGAUGCGACAGUGCCGCCCAAGCAGCCAGCAGGCUUGGAUCAAUCGAAUGCCCUGAAUCUAUCGACCAGCAAUGCGGGCAAGUUCUCAUUUGGCUUUGCACCCGCCACAACGGCGGCAGCCCCAGCAGCAGCUACCCUUUCCUCGGGCUUCAUUUUCGGAGCCAAGCCACAGUCAACGGAGAAGCCAGCAGCAGCUGCUCCAGUGGCAGCCACAUCCUCGGCUCCUGCCGCAUUGCCCGGCAAAUCAUCUGGAUUUGGCGAUGCCUUCAAGCCCAAGGCUGGCAGCUGGUCCUGCGGCAGUUGCUAUCUGAGCAACACGGGCGAUGCCCUCUACUGCAGCGCCUGCGAGGCGCCCAAGGAUGACACAGUGCCCAAGAAGGAGAGCAACGCCCUGGGCUCAUCGUCGGGCCUCAUCUUGCCGGCAACUACAAAGUUUAAUUUCGGCUUUGGCGCAGCUCCAGUUCCAGCAGCUGCUUCUGCUGCACCACCAACUGUGGCAGCGGAUAGCAAGGAGGGAGAAGCACCCAAGAGUGUGUUUGGAUCGUCCAGCUUCAGUUUUGUGCCCAAAACAUCUGCGGCGACGGCCGUAACUACCCUGGGAUUUGGCACCUUUAGCUUCACGAUGCCCAAGCCCGCACAGCAGCAGCCGAAGAGUCCCGGCGGCGGGGAACAGCGAACAGCCAAUGAUAACGGGGAGGACAACGAUUCGGAGCCGGAGGAGGAGGAGAACCAGUCGUAUUUUGCACCAGUAAUCCCAUUGCCGGAUAAGGUCGAUGUCAAGACUGGCGAGGAGGACGAGGAGGUGCUCUAUGUGCAGCGGGCGAAGCUUUAUCGCCUCACGGACGAGUGGCGCGAGCGGGGCGUGGGCAAUGUGAAGAUACUGCGCCACAGGCAGACGGGCAAACUGCGAGUGCUGAUGCGACGGGAGCCGAUCUUCAAGGUGUGCCUCAAUCACGCCCUUAGCUCGAGUGUGGCCUACAAACCCAAGGACGAGCGCUCCUGGCUGUUUGUCGUGCACGAUUACAGCGAGGGCGAAAGCGUCAACGAGCGUUUCACGCUGCGCUUCAAGAACAAGGGCAUUGCCGAUAACUUCCUGAGGGUCGUGAAGAGCGCCCUCGAUGGCACCGCCACAGCCAUCGUUGAGGAGCAGAACACAACAGCUGCACCUGAGAUUGACAGCUCCACAUUGAUUUCGCAGGAGACCAAAUCCCUGGUCGAGGAGUUGCUGGCCGAGGACCAUGAAUCCUCGAUUGCUUCAGCGUGCGCGGGCUGUCGGGGAUGCGAUCCAGAUACGUUUGACUGGCAUAAGCAAAGCUCAGCCACCCCAAUUACCCCAAUUGUGGAUGAUGUGAGUCCUCCAUUGCCCAUGCACUUGCCAGCACUCAAGCUGCCGCGCGCCGCAGAUCCGCUCGCUGUUCCACAGCUGGGAGGCUCCAUCUUUAGAGCCAGUUCGCUGGCGAGCGCCGACAGCAGCGGCUUUGGUGGCUUUGGCCAGGCAGUGUCUGCCAAUUCCACGGCGGCUCCCACUGCAGCUGCUGCCCCGCCCAGCAAGCCAGAGGAGAAUAACGCAACGAAUGCAUUCGUUUUUGGCAGCACAGCUACAGAGAAAACAAUCUUUGGCCAGACUUUGUUUGGGGCUGGCAAACCCCAGGAGCAGCAGCCGUCGCAGUCGAUCUUCAGCAGCGGCCAGGGCAAUGUUCUGGGCUCCAUUUUUAGCAGCGGCAUUGCCGAGUCCAAGGAUCAGAGUGCCAAGUCCAUAUUUGGUGGAGUUGGCGGCAUACCCGAGGCACACAAAUCCAUAUUCGGAGGCGUAGCCAAGGCGGAGAACGUGUCGGCGGCGCCCAAGACUAUUUUCGGUGGCACAAACACCUCGGUGUUUGGCGGUGGAUCAUCUGAGUAUGUGUUUGGCAGUGCAGCCAGCACUGAGGCUCCCGCUUUUGGCCAAAAUGCCAUCACAUUUGGAGAGCUGGGAAAGCCGUCACCACCCGCAGACAAAGAGACGGGAGAGAGCAACGAACAGAAGAAGGACAACAACACACCCAAGUCGGCAUUCACUUUGGCUUUUGGUGACACGAAGGCGGCUUCCUCGCCUGCUGCUGCUGGUGGUGGUGGUGGUGCUGUGGCAAGUCCCAGUUUGGCGGAUCUGGCUAGCAAGGCUGGUGGCGAUGAUUUUGCCAGCUUGUCCGCGAAGAAUCAGGGCACACCCAUGGGCUUCAAUAAGUCGGGCACUGGCGGCGGCUUCUACAAUCUCACGCAUCAGAAUGACUUCAAAAACUUCCAAUCGCCGCUCUCGCAGCGGGGCAACAACACGACGGGUGGCGACGCCGAAACAGAUGGCGAUGGUGGCGAUGGGGAUGCCACAAACAAUGAUAACUACGAUCCCUACUAUGCGCCCAUUGUUGAUCUGCCGGAUGAGAUCGUUGUGAAGACGGGAGAGGAGGAUGAGACUAAGCUGUUUGGCGAGCGUUCGCGGCUCUACCGCUUCGAUACGAACACAAAGGAAUGGAAGGAGCGAGGUACUGGCGAGCUGAAGAUCUUGGAGCAUCCGCAAUUGCAGUCCUAUCGCUUGCUCAUGCGACAGGAGCUCGUGCCCAAGGUGCUGCUCAACAUGAAGAUUGUCGGCGACAUGAAGCUGGCCCCUAUGCACGGCCAGAAGAAGAGCUUCUCGUGGUACGGCCUCAACUACGCCGCCGAUGCGGAGGGCAAGACGUCCAUGGAGGGCGUGGUUGAGCAGUUGGCCUGUCGGUUCGGCAAGCAGGACAUAGCGGAUGAGUUCGUCGAGAAAAUCAACCAGUGCAUAAAGCGCGCCGGCGAGGGCUCAGCGCAGCACCAGGAAACCCCGCAGACUGAGGAUUAAACACUCAAGUUAAACAAUAGAGUCUAUAAGUUAGUUCUUUCGGAAACUGUUAAAUAAAUUCAUCAUUUUCAUUCUUUAAUGUAA